AAAAAGUAUACAUAGUUGAAACGUGACCUUUGUCGCGUAUGGCUACACAUUCAGUGAUUUUUCAAAGCUGCGCCGUUUGUCCUUCAUUGGUAAAGAUGGUGGAUGUUUUUUAUUUGUGAUUCUCGUGACGAGGAGAGUCGCUGCUCGCAUGCCGGCGAGUCAGUGUGAAAAAGGCGGGAAAUGGUCGAACCGACGGAUGAUUACACUUGCCACGCGCUUCUGAACGUUAUGGAAUUCCAUCCUUUUCGACACGGCAUGAAUGAAAUUGUGAUACUGAAGAAGUGUGAAUGUGGUGAUGUAUGGCAAAAUGGCGGGAAACUCAAACAAAACUCUACAAAUCCCGGGCAGUUCAACGGUCCUUGAUAAUCUUAUCACUCGCGAUCAAUCAGCAGAAGAAAAAUCAACACCAACUAAAAACAGACGUGGUGGUACGAAAAGACUUUCAACAUUUGAGAGAGCAGCGCAAGAAAGUAAAGAAAUUACGAAGAAUUUAAAUCCACCAACUGGAGAAAUGGAAGGUAGAAGACGUACUCGCAGCUCAGCUCGUGGUUUGACAUCAUCAUUACCAAUACCAUCACCACCAAAGAAAGAAAAAAGAGAGCCAGCAACUCCAAGAGGUACUGGACGUGGACGUGGACGUCCCAAAAGACAAGAGAAAAAUAAUGAGAAUAAUACGGACGAAGAGGCUGCAAAUAAUAAAAGUGAAAAACAUUCUGAGGAAGAAUCUUCAAAAAUGGAAGUUGAGGAAAGUAAAGAAAGUAAAGACACAGAAGCAAUGGAAAGUGAAGACAAAACUACAGAGGAGGUAGAGAGUAAAGAUACCACUGAUAAAUUGCCUGAUACAAAUUCCAAGGAAGACAAAGGAACGGAAGAAUCAGAGAAUUCUGCUGAAGAGUCUAAAAGCAUUGGUGUCAGUGAAGAAAAGAAAGAUGAGGACAUUAAGGACAGUUCAGACUCGAGUCAAGAUGCGACAGAUUCUACGGCAGAAGCACCACCAUCUUCAUCAGAAUCCCAAAAUCCCUCUAACAUCACUCCUUCUGAUGAAAAUAAGGAAUAACCUUCUUCCGCCUAUUUUACCACUCUCUCAUGUACCAAGGCGGCGCACACAUUGGGGUAUACAAAUCCAGGCCCCAGGUCUAUUCUAACUAAUUGACACCUUGUUGUCAAUCGUUAUUCUAAUCAGCGCAUCUUGUUAUCAGUUAAUACAAUGAUUUGACACUCAGACAUAUUUGUUUGAAUUAUUCGUAACAGUAAAGAAUACUUUAUUUAUAUGUACUUCUCGAUACAUAUAGCUUUUUUAAUUGGAUUUUAUUUGUUAUAGAUGAAAACACCUUUGCGUUGAUUAGACAGUGAUUGCAAUUAAAGGUGUGGAGCAUAUGUUGUUCAUGUACAAUGAUAAUAUUAUUGUAAAAUAUAUUUAAUAUGGACUUAUAUAGAGAGAAGUUGAUUUCAAAUCAGAACUGAAGUAGAAGUAUUAAACACGGCCUUCUAUUCAGAUCUGAUAUGAAAAUAACUGAAAUUAAUUCGUACAUAGCAAAUUACUGUAAUAUCUUACUUAUAUAAAUGAUGACUGAAUGAUACGGAAUAUAUGAGAAUUAUGGUGAAUUGAUUUCUCUUUUGCAUGGAAUGCAGAAAUAAACUUUCUGAGAAACGUGUGGGAACGUAAUCUAUUAUGUGUCCUUCCUUUUGUAAUGUUACUAAUGUUAACCAAUCUUUUAUUCACUUCUAUUCUUUUUAUGUGACUAACGCUUCUAUAAAACAUGUAUUUUAUUAUAGUAUUAUAAUAUUUGUUUUUGAACGAAAUAUAAAUUUAUAAUUUAAAAAAUUUCUCUAGUUUCAAAUUUAAUUUUUGCUAAAUUGUACAAUAAGCGUCAUGUUUAUAAAAGAUCUAACAACAGGCUUAUAUUUUAUUUCUACUGGUCCAUUAUUAAAUAUGUUAAUAUUAUUGUGUGUGUAUUUGAACGGUUGUGAAUGUACAGAUAGAUUAUAUGAUUAAUACAAUAUAUUUAGAAAAUCCACACUUGAUGAGACACCAAUAACAUGAAUUUAAAGAAACACUGUAAAGUAUAAUCAUGUGCAAUGGGAUGAAUAUUUAAGUUUAAAGGCAUAUAGAUCGUACAGUGGAGUCUUACAAUUAGAAUUUAAUAUUGUUAUUUUAUAUUGCAGGACUCUCAGAUCUCUGUAAGUUUGUCUAUUACUUUGCAACAAUAUUGUAGUGGUUGUAAAAAGAAUUUAUUUAAAUUGUGUACCUUUAAGUACUGUGGAUAAACUUUGUCAUUCCAUGUUUCCUUGUC